GCCAGGAGCAUCUGAGGAGGUGAAGAGGAAGCUUCCAGGUCUCUUCCCUUCACCCUAGAAAUCCAGAUAUCCCCCCAUCCCCACCCCCAUCCCCAGAGAACUUUGAGAUACUGUCCUCGCUGUUCGCUGGCCUGGCGGACCAUGGCUCCCUUUGGAAGAAACUUGCUAAAGACUCGGCAUAAAAACAGAUCUCCAACUAAAGACAUGGAUUCAGAAGAGAAGGAAAUUGUGGUUUGGGUUUGCCAAGAAGAGAAGAUUGUCUGUGGACUAACCAAACGCACCACCUCUGCUGACAUCAUCCAGGCUUUGCUUGAGGAACACGAGACUACAUUUGGAGAGAAACGAUUUCUUCUGGGGAAGCCCAGUGAUUACUGCAUCAUAGAAAAGUGGAGAGGCUCUGAACGGGUUCUUCCCCCACUAACAAGAAUCCUGAAGCUUUGGAAAGCAUGGGGAGAUGAGCAGCCUAAUAUGCAGUUUGUUUUGGUUAAAGCAGAUGCUUUUCUUCCAGUUCCCUUGUGGAGGACAGCUGAAGCCAAAUUGAUGCAAAACACAGAAAAACUGUGGGAGCUCAGCCCAGCAAAUUACAUGAAGACGUUACCACCAGAUAAGCAAAAGAGAAUAGUCAGGAAAACUUUCCGGAAACUGGCUAAAAUUAAGCAGGACACAGUUUCCCAAGAUCGAGAUAGUAUGGAGACAUUAGUUCAUCUGAUUAUUUCCCAGGAUCAUACUAUUCAUCAACAAGUCAAGAGAAUGAAAGAGCUGGACCUGGAAAUUGAAAAGUGUGAAGCAAAAUUCCACCUCAACCGGGUAGAAAAUGAUGGAGAAAAUUAUGUCCAGGAUGCAUAUUUGAUGCCCAGUUUCAGUGAAGUUGAGCAAAACCUAGGCUUGGAGUAUGAUGAAAACCAGAUUCCGGAGGACCUGAGAGAAAGUGAUGGAAUUGUACAGCUGGAGGAACGACUAACAUAUUAUAGAAAGCUCAUUGAUAAGCUCUCUGCCGAAAUAGAAAAAGAGGUAAAAAGUAUUUGCACAGAGAUAAAUGCAGAUGCUGUGGAAGGGGCAGCUGCAAGUGAACUUGAAGGCUCUAAUUUAGAAAGUGUUAAGUGUGAUUUGGAGAAAAGCAUGAAAGCUGGUUUGAAAAUCCACUCUUACUUGAGUGGCAUCCAGAAAGAGAUUAAAUACAGUGACUCAUUGCUUCAGAUGAAAGCUAAAGAAUAUGAGCUCCUGGCCAAGGAGUUCAGUUCCCUUCAUACUAGCAACAAAGAUGAAUGCCAGCUAAAGGAAAACAGAGGAAAGGAAUCUGAGGUCCCUACCAGCAGUGGGGAGGUUCCUCCUUUUACUCAAAGAGUAUUUAACAUGUAUUCAAAUGACACAGACUCGGACACUGGUAUCAGCUCUAACCACAGUCAGGACUCGGAAACAACCGUAGGAGACACGGUGCUGUUGCCAACAUAAUUUGAAUGGCUUCUUUCUGACCUACUUUAAUGUUGUUCGUGUUUGUUUAAUUUAGUAGGAAACUUUAAAUAUUCCAUUCUGCAAAAAAAAAAUGUAAAUCAU